AUGUCCCUGAAACUGAUGCGAGUUUGGCGAACGUACGAUACAAUUGAUUUUGAGAACAGCAGUGAAAUCGCUACUACAGAAGAAAGCUCACGAUAUGAGAAUGUAUUUGUAUCGGAAUCGAAUUCAAGAAGCGAUUGUGUUAUCUGCUGCUGCUGUUUUUCCUUUACUAUAAGCUGGAACAACACAUGGUCCAACUGGUAG